GUUUCGAUUCGUUCGUUCGCAUUCACAAGAAUUUCACCGACAUUUAGUUUAGUACCGUUUUUGGCUGCAGUCGCACUACGGACAGUUUAUUCUAAUUGUGUGCUACCAUCCCAUACAUCCAAACAUACAAAUAUUAUUGCUAAAGUUAACGAUAUUAACUACACAUAUUAAAUGCUAUUAUACACGGGCCGAGCAAAGCCAUUUCAAAAGCGGUUUACUGCCCAUCCACACACAAAACACAUCAAAAAAUUCAAUUAAAUCAAUUGAAAUCGUAAUCGAGUCCAAAACACAGUACAGCGAAAAGAAAAAUCAAAUAAACUUAAAUUAUAUGGUUAUCAACGUUGAAUCUAAACAUACAUAUAAUAACUAUUUUCUAUGAAAAUCGAGUGUUUCGUUUCCGAAUCGGGAAAAAGUUAAUAAUUCAAUUAAUGUUAACGCCAAAUAUAAUCCGACGAGAAAAACGCAUGCAACAAGUUAAAUCCAGCCGACAGUUGUAAACCAAGUUAGAUCCGUACACAGAUACACCCCAAAUACCACACAACCAAUACGAAUGAAUGCCCGGUAUACACAUACAAACGCAAAAGUCACACACACACACACGCACGCAGACUAUAACAAUGUCAAGUGAAAACAUUCUCUGGAAGCAACAGGUUUCCCCUUAAUAAGUGUUAUAAAGAAGCAACCAACAGUCAUCACCCAGAACUGUUCGUUACGGAAAAAAGUAAAGUAAAAAAUAAAAGAGAAAGAGAGGUAGAAGAGAGCACGAGGAGUAAAGAAGAUAAAGUAUAAAGAAAGAGAAAGAGCGGAGAAAGAGCCACCUUUCAGUCAGCAAAAUCGUAUGAAAAUAAUAGUAUAAUACCAUAAACUACAAAAAUUAUAAGAAGACAGUUCUUAAGUGGGUUAAAGUAGAAAAAUUAGUGUGACUGCAACCGAGUGGAACCGAAUUAAACCAAACCCCAUACCAUACCAUACCAUCCCCGAACCGCAAAACAAAAAGCAACUAAAAGAGUUCUUAGAGCGCAUCUGACUAGCGCCAACCCCAAAGAACCAUGGAAUUCUACGAUGGCGACCUCAAAGAUAUAUGGGACUCCGACUUAGAUCCGGAAUCCUUGAAAAUCAGCCCCGAUCACGAUAUGCACGACUGGCUGUUCGAUCGGGACGUCAAAGAUCCCACCGUCAUACUCAACGACAAGCUCAUCUCGGAUGCCCUGCUCAAUGGCACACAGCCGAUCAAGACGGAGCACUCCUACAGUCUCAGCAGCGACGUUGACUCCCUGCCCGAUUCACCAAAAAGCCUCCAGGCCAAGAUCGAGGACAUGGACGACGAGUGCUUUCCCGCCAUUUCACCGAAGACGGCGACCAAUGGGCGCGUGACCAUCGAUCCCAAGUGCCUCACCUUCCACGUCCCGCCCACGCACGCCACGCCCAUCAGCCGGCUGAGCAGCAAUCCCGCCCUAAACACCUCCGUCGCGGAUCUAACACGAUCCUCCGGCCUGCAAAGCCUGCAAAGCCUGCAGGCACACCAGCCACACCACGGAUCCGGCUCGAGCCACGUGGUGGUGGCCAAUCUGGAGCACUUUCAACUACCUCAGCACCUGUACGACAACGACUGCAGCUCCUCGGUGUCGUCGUUGCGGGAAGGCAGCAUGUCGCCGGACAUUUGCUCCGACAUCGAGAUCGACGAGUCGGCCAUCAAGGAUGAGCCCAUGUCGCCGGACUCCAGCUGCCCCGCCAGUCCCACUUCUCAAGCGAGCAGCUCGCAGCACCAGCUCAGCCUUAAUCUGGCCCACCUGCAGUCGGAAAUGUUAUUCGAGCCAAAGCACUGUGGCCUCCUGCUAACCACCAGCAACAACAGCCUCAUAAAGUCCCAGCAGCGCCAGCAGCAAAUCCUUGGCCAGGACAAUCUGCUGCUGGCCAAGAUGGAGAUCAAGAGCGAGAAACAGAGCGCCAGCAAUAGCUCGGGCAAAUCGCAUGCCCACGGCUAUGGAAUCCCGCUGACGCCACCAUCCUCCCUGCCCAGCGACGAUUCCGAAGGUAACUUGAGUCCGGAACACCUGUUUGCGCCCCUGUCGCCGAACGCAACCGUUUCCAUCUCCGUGGCCAAUCCAGCCGGCGGUGAGUCAUCCGUACGGGUCAGCCGCACCGCUGCCAGCAUCACGCGCUCGUCCUCCGGAUCCGCAUCAGCGUCCGGUUCCAGUUCCAGCUCAACGGUCACCACGACACGGCAGCCGAUCCACACGCCGCUGAUUAGCUCGCAGCCGAAGGGCUCCACCGGGACGCUGUUGCUGACGGAAGAGGAGAAACGCACUUUGCUGGCCGAAGGGUAUCCGAUUCCGCAGAAGCUACCUCUAACCAAAGCCGAGGAGAAAUCGCUGAAGAAGAUUCGACGCAAAAUCAAGAAUAAAAUCUCUGCUCAGGAAAGCCGCCGCAAGAAGAAGGAGUACAUGGACCAGCUGGAGAGGCGCGUCGAGAUCCUGGUCACCGAAAACCACGACUACAAGAAGCGCCUCGAGGGGCUGGAGGAGACCAAUGCCAAUCUACUUAGUCAGCUGCACAAACUGCAGGCCCUAGUUAGCAAGCACAAUGUGAAAAAGUCCUAAGCACCCGGAUUCACAUGGACCCCUCGAUAUCCCCGGGGGGCUUCUGUAGCCGGAAUCGUUUCUUGUUUGCCCGCCUUCCUGAGUUUUAUAUUUUAGAUCUAUUAUUUGUAUGUCAAUUGAGUUCAGUUCAGUUCAGUUCAAUUUAGUUCAGCUUAAUGCAGUUUAGUUAUUUCGUUUCGAUUUAAUCAGUCUGGGAGUUUUUGAUGAAUUUAUGCGACGAGGAAACCCUGAUGAAUUUUUUGUUCGGCUUUUGGAUAGCACAAAGCGGUAUAACAUUCCCCUCCUCACUCCUGCUCCACCGCACCCCCAUAAUAAAUAUUCCGCAGGGCCCCAGAUGCCCAGAAUGCCCAUAACUAAUAUCGUAUAAAUAAUGUGUAUGUAAUCCUAGCUACUUGUAGGGCCUAUAUUAUAAAGCUAUGUAUAUUAGUCAUGCAUUCCUGUUAUAUAAACUUGAUCUAGCUUAGGCAAAUGACCAGCUGCAGCAACAACCACAAUUACAAUUACACUUACAAAUACGAGAAGCUCAAAUGCAGAAGCCAGAAAUCCAGAAAGCGUCUAAAGAGAAGCUAAAUAAUAAUAUUGUAAUUAAACGAAAUCAACAGACCAAAAACAAAAACGUAAAAAAACAGCAAAGUAAUGAAAACGUUAACGACAACAACAAAAAAAAAAUAAUAAUGAAAGAACGAUAGAAAGAUGAAAAGAAAGCCGAUCGCAAAUAGGCUCUGAUUGUAUAUGAAAUCCAGAUUGGAGUUAAGCCGACAGUUGGAGGCGACAUGUACAUUAUGUUUUAAUAAUGAUUGAAUGAAUGAAUUAACGAAAGACUCCCGGAGCUCAAUCUCUGUGCUGUCUUUGGCAUGACUCUUGUUCCUUUAAACGAUAUUUCUCAAAACGAAUAACGAAAGCUGACGACGAGAUAAAAUACCUAAACAAUUCCAUAAUGUAGCUAUAUAGGAGGAUUAUGUAACGAACUAUGUCUAUAUGCAGCAUUUAAGUUUCUCUUCAUCAUCUGUUCGCCAGCGGCCGUCCAGUUGGAGUUUCAAUAGAUGGAAAGCAUACGAAUUUAUAAUGGGUAUCCGUAUCCGUAUCCGUAUCUGCAUCCGUAUCCAUAUCCGUAUCCCCAAUUCGAUUGCGUUCUCCAACUGCCGCGUUGCCUGGCCAAUUUAAAACAAUUUCCGAGCCAAUUAUGAAAAUGAAUUAUUGUUUGUUAAGUUUUAUAUUAUAAGACGGCGCUGCACUGACCGAAGGGAUAUUUUGAGAGUAUAACCCAAUUUAAUCAAAUUUCGCAGCAAUUAUUUUGUUUUUUAUGUUUACAAUUUGUGUUUUACGUUUUAGUGCAAUUUUUUGGCAUACAUACAUAUUUAUACAGAUAUUUUUGUAUUCUUUUCGCAGCGUUCUGAAUGAGUCAUUCUAGUUUUUAUUAGUUGAAUUUAUAUACACAAAAUUACUUAACGGAAAUUUCAAGCGUAACCCGUUGAUUUCCUAUCAAAUCGAUAAUAUCUAUAAAAUAUAAUUUAGCUAUUUCUAUGUAUGUCUGUGCAUGUGUGUAUAAAUCAAGCGGGCGAAGUUGUGCAAUUGUUAGAACAUUUUUAAAAGAAAGAUAUUUAGUAAAAAUACGAAAAUCAGAAAUCGAUGUUGAAAAUCAAAACGCUCGUGCAAUGACAAAAAAAAAUUUAUUAAUAAAGCGUUAAACAAACAAAUUGAAGACAACAUGAAAUAUACAUUAUGAUAUAUUUAUAUAUACAAGUAUGAAUAAUGUACGACUAUUUACUAUUUUUUGGCUAUAGCAUUUUAAACGCAUAUAUUGUAUGUUUAACGUUGAAAAUGAAAAAAAAAACAAAACAAGAAAAAACAUCCAAAAAAAUUGUAAAACUUUUAUGAUUGGUUGCUGUAAUUUGGCAAAAGUAAAAGUGCAAUUCCAAAUAAAAUUCAAACAACCAUACAAACAGCGGGAA